AACAGCUGGUAAGAUACAGAAGGAGUAGGACCAAGAGGGCCCGAUCCCAGAUUGAACCGGGUUCCAACUCCCAACUACAAUUUGAACUCCCAUUUAUUAGGAUUCUACAAAUGACAACUCAGUACCGCCUCUUUUUAUUGUUGAGAUUAGCCCCUCAAGUGAUGACUCGGUCUUCUUGACUUAUACAGCCAAGCCUUUCCUUCCAGAUAAAGCUCUCAUCUCACUCGGUUUUGCCUGCUUCAACCCCUUUCUACAGCUUCAUUAUCCGUCUUUUCUUCUAUUCUUUAACCCCUCUCAUCCUCUUUACCUAUAUAUAUAAAUGCACAACACCUUACAACUCAUGCAUUUUUUUUCUAAUGCGGUUUUUUGGUUGGUGAGCUGAACUCCAGCUGCCUCUUAUUGACUUCCCGGAGUUCAUGGAGUGCUCGUUGUGUUAGGCUUCCUUUUUGGUUUCUGGGUUUCUCUUGCAGACUUUUAAAGUGAAGAUAUGUGAAAGUUAGCGUUUUGUUCCUGGAAUUAGAUUCAAAACAUAAAAGCGAGGUAAUAAGUGCUUCAGGGGCUAUGACGUGUUUUCCUUUUCAUAAGGGAGAGAAAAAUGAUGAACCCAAGGCUACAAAGUCUACUUCGGUGCGUUCUUCCACUUCCAUUUCCAUGUCCACUGAUCAUGAGGUGAGGAGAUCUGGGUCUGAAUUCAAUUCUCAAAAUGCAUCAGACAUCAGCACUGAAUCCUCUGCGAAGACCUCAUUUACUAGUUUGCAACAAAGACCCAGCAAUCUCAAAGUAUUCACCUUCUCUGAGCUAAAGUCAGCUACAAAGAAUUUCAGCCGCUCUCUUAUGAUUGGUGAGGGUGGAUUUGGUGGUGUAUAUAGGGGUGUGAUUCGAAGUACAGAGGAUCCACAUAAGAAAAUUGAUAUUGCUGUAAAGCAACUAAGUAGAAGAGGGUUGCAGGGGCAUAAGGAGUGGGUGACAGAAGUAAAUGUUUUGGGGGUUGUUGAACAUGAAAAUCUUGUCAAGUUAGUGGGCUAUUGUGCUGAGGAUGAUGAAAGAGGGAUCCAACGACUGCUGAUAUAUGAAUAUAUGCCCAAUAGAAGCGUGCAGGAUCACUUAACAAAUCGAUUUGAAACACCUCUUUCAUGGUCCACAAGACUGAGAAUAGCCCAAGAUGCUGCUCGUGGCUUAGCAUACCUCCAUGAAGGAAUGGAAUUUCAGAUUAUCUUUAGAGAUUUCAAAUCUUCGAAUAUUCUCUUGGAUGAGCAGUGGAAUGCAAAGUUGUCUGACUUUGGAUUGGCCAGGCUGGGGCCUUCUGACGGACUAAGUCAUGUAUCAACAGCGGUUGUAGGAACCAUUGGAUAUGCAGCUCCUGAAUACAUCCAAACUGGGCGGCUCACAGCCAAAAGUGAUGUGUGGAGCUAUGGAGUCUUUCUCUAUGAGCUCAUCACUGGUAGGCGGCCUUUGGACAGAAACCGCCCCAAGAAUGAGCAAAAACUAUUGGAGUGGAUCAGGCCACACCUCUCUGAUGUAAAGAAGUUCCAGCUGAUUUUGGACCCUAGGCUCGAAGGAAAAUACACCCUUAAGUCUGCCCAGAAACUAGCAGCAGUAGCCAACAAGUGCUUGGUGAGACAAAUAAAAACACGCCCCAAAAUGAGUGAAAUCUUAGACAUGGUGAAUCGGAUUGUGGAGGCAGCGGAAACUGGGAGCCCUCAACCUCCGAUAAAGAGUUCUACUCCAAGAGAUGCUCCUGAGGAAUCCAAGAGAAAAAGACUGAAGACAAUGUUUGUGGAUCCAAUAAUAGGAGAAAACAGGAGAUUGGUUUGGCAAAAAUGGAGACCUAAGCUGGUGAGGACUUCCUGAGAGAAAUGGAAACAAACAAAGAGACAAGGCAGAUUUUCUUCUUGUGUGGAUGCAGUAGACCAUGUAACAAGGCUGUUUUCCUCUACCUCCCCCCCUUUUUUCCCAUGUUGAAUGUGUAAACUAUUACGUUAUAUCUUUGCCUUUGGGCAAUACAACUGUACAGGUAUGAUAUUGAAAUCAAUACAGAUGAGUGCAUCCUAAAUUUGUGUUA